GGUGUUCACACAACCAUGAUUAGGACUAGAAUAUUUAAGAGAAUAUCUACGUAGACAAAUUUAUUAUGAUGAUUUUGUAUAAACUAAUCCCUAUUUUGCCAGCAAGUUUUAAGCAAACUUAACAGACAUUUAAUGAAAAAGAUAUCAAAUAGAAAAAGAAGAUAGAAUCGAUUAAAUUUUGAAACAAGAUGAGGAUCAAAUACCGUCAAACAGUGAUAGUAAUUCUAGGAGUACAGACUAUGUUGAUAUGCUAUCAUAUGUUAUUAAGUUCUGAGAAUUCGCUUGCCAAACGCAUGCAUUUAAAUUCAAAGAGUCUGGAUAUAUUUCUCCCACAGUCACAGUCAUCGAAAAUGACGAAAAAAGUAAAUCAAACAAACACAUUACAAUUAAUGAAAGAAAUACACGUGACAAAUGGUGAUUGCAUUAAUAUCAUGUACCCGGCCGAGUUACUGAAAGAAGAAUCGUGGAGAAGAGUAGACGAAAAGGAGAAUGCGUUUGUGUUUUCUGCAUAUAUUGUUGAACAAAGUGGUAAAAUUAAAGUGGUCGGUGCAAGCACUCGUAGUAUAGCGAAAAUAUUUUGCCAAUACUGGCAUUUAAUGCCGGCGAAUGAUACAAUUAUAAUGCAUGAAAAACCUGCAAAUAUACACGUCCUUCCUGAGAGCCAUGGGAAAAAAUACUCAGGUUCUGUAUUUAUUUGCCCUGGUGUACCUUCCAAUACUCAUUAUAUUUCAUUGGUAACAAGUCAAUGUCAGGUGCCUCUUCAUCUACUUAAGGUGAAGAAUGGAAGAGCACCACAAAAAUAUCAACGGAAGUUCACGGUCUGUUUGAAACCGUUGCAUUUCCGGUAUGGUAGAGCUUACGAACUCGUUGAGUGGAUAGAAUUUAACAAGAUGCUUGGAGCAGAAAAGAUCAUUGUGUACAAUUACUCUAUCGCAAUGAACACUGAUCAAGUGCUCAACAAUUAUGUUGAAGAAGACAUCGUAGAAGUUGUACAAUGGGAUUUACCGAUUAAGAGUUACACAUGGCCGAAAACAUCAGAUACUGUAGAUAUCCAUUCUAUCGGAAUGAUUCCAAUGCUCCAGGACUGUCUGUAUCGAAACAGAGCGCAUUCAGAGUUCGUAAUCAAUGUUGAUGUAGAUGAGUUUAUAAUACCACACUCUGAUAAUGCUUCUACAUGGUCUGAACUCUUUACACAGCUCCCGUCGGAAUAUGAUACUUAUAUUUUCCGCAAUACAUUUUUCAGAAAAGAAUGGACCAGUUAUAUAAAUCAGUUUCGAAAUAAAAUCAUUGCUCAAAAGUUUAAUAUCAUAUCGUUACAAUAUUUUGAACAUGAAGAUGUCAUAUUUCCUGCUAGGUCAAGGUCAAAGUAUUUUACAAGGACGAUCAAAGAAGACAAAAGUUUGAUGAUUCACGAGGUAUCGGGAAGUCGUUCAUACACAGUACCUGUAGAAUUAGGUCUACUUCACCAUUACAGAAACUGGCAAAAUUAUAAAGAUACAUCGAGAAGAAUAGUUGACAAGACCGUGUUAAUUAAAUAUGGAGAAAAAACUAAUCACAGAGUCCAGAAGCGCUGGGAAAAAGCUAGGAAAUGUAAAACUGGAUAUGCCAGUUUUAAAAACAAUUUUGGUGAAGCAGUCCGAAUAUGA